UGUUUGGUGUCUCAGUGAGAGGACAUACGGACAGACUACAGCCAUGGGGAAUGAAGGAGUAACGUGUCUUAUGGUCUUUCUGAUUAUACUCAAUGUAUUUGGAGCUGCCGCAGGACUGGCAUUGAUGGCAGUGGCCAUUUGGGUGACUGUCGAUGCCUAUAAACUCUACCCAAUAUCAGGGGUAUCAGGGAAGGAUGAUAUCUUUGCUGGAGCUUGGAUAGCCAUCUUCACUGGCUUUGCCUACUUCUGCGUCUGCAUCUUCGGCAUCCUUGCAGCUCUGAAAAGAAAACGAUCAUUUAUGCUGGCGUAUCUGAUUUUGAUGUUCAUCGUCUUCAUAUUCGAGUGUGCAUCCUGCAUUACAGUGGUCACCAACAGAGACUAUCUGGUAGGUAACAGCAAUCUGGUGAAGAAGCAGAUGUUGAUGUACUACGGUGACAACAGUGAUGCAGGAAAUAAGAUCACCAACACAUGGAAUAAAGUCAUGCAGGAUGUGCAAUGUUGUGGAACAGACGGCCCACUGGACUGGAUUGAGUACAAUUCCAGCUUCAGGCAGAUGUAUGGCACCACAUACCCGUGGCCUCUUACCUGCUGCAAACGUCAAAGCACUUUUGACGUGUCUGACCCAGAAGGCUGCAAGAUUGGCCAGACCAGUGCAAUGUUCAACAAGGGUUGUUUCGGACACAUUGAAUUCUGGUUAAGCCGUUAUACCUGGGCAAUCGGCUGGUUAGGCUUCGCAAUACAAAUGUUCAUGUUCUUCCUCAUGAUAGUUGCCAUGGUGUACUACGUAAAGCUGGAAUAACGUGGAUGCUUCAACCAAACUUCUAAUGUACCUUACUAAGAAUGAAACCUUCUGGAAAUACACAGUCUUCAUGACUUCAGUCUUUUUUUUUUUUUUUUAUCCUUCUUGAUUUUGGAACAAUGACACAUCUUCACUAUGCCUGUCCACUACCAAUACAACUUUCAUCUGAGGCACAGUGAUACUGAACUAAGAUUGCACCACAUUUGAGAUGCUAAAUAUGUUAAAUAUAUGAUUUUUUUGUCUGUCAAGUGCUUGUAAAUGGUUUUUGUGUGUUCAGUGACCGACAUGUCACUGUUUAGUUUUUUUUAAUUAUUUUCACAUGGUAAUUGUUUUAGUUUUUUUUCUCACCCAAUUGUAAAAGAACAGUACAUUUCAUUUAAGGGUUUACUUUUGUGAGAUGCUUUCAGGACUGGCGAUCAUAAUAUUUGCAUAUGUUAUGCUAUGUUUAAAUCGACUAUAUUUAUGUUUGUACUGUUAGAACGUAUUAAUAAAUACACUAUA